GGCCAGGAAAAUUAGGAAAAUUCAAUGUCCUUAUAACACGCCUAGACUUACCGGAGACUUUGAAGUUUAUACUUAAGCCUUUGUUGCAGGAGCCAAAGGAAAUUCUCCAGAGGCAGAAAGGAGUUUGAACAGAGUAACUGAUAUGGCGUUUCAAAUUGUUGACAUCUAUGAGAGACUCGAUAUGGAGGCUCAAGAUGGGGAUAUUGAGGGACUCUACGAGCUGAUAGCAGAAUAUCCAAAUAUUUUGGAACAUUUUGAUAAUGUGUCUUUUUGUGAGACGCCAUUACACAUUGCAGCUGAAAAAGGGCAAACUCAUUUCGCCAUGGAGUUAAUGAACCUUAAACCGUCACUUGCUUUGAAGCUAAACGUCUCAGGUUUCAGCCCGAUGCACUUAGCACUUCAAAACAACCAUAUCCGAAUGGUGAGAGGGUUUUUGGCAAUGGACAGCAGCUUAGUCAGCAUCAAGGGAAGAGGAAGAAUUACUCCUUUGCAUUAUGUGGCCCAGUUAGGUAAUGAAGAGUUGUUGAGUGAAUUCUUGUUUGCUUGCCCAUCUUCAGUAGAAGAUCUGACCAUUAAGUGUGAGACAGCUGUGCACGUUGCUGUGAAGAGCCAGCAGUUUAUGGCAUUCAAGGUUCUUUUAGGAUGGGUUCGGAGAGUGAACAGAGAGGAAAUCUUGGAUUGGAAAGAUGAAGAUGGUAACACAGUUUUUCAUAUUGCUGCAUCCAUGAAUCAAACUGAGGUAAUGAAGUUGCUACGUAAUACCGUUAACGUAAAAGCCAAGAACUUGGAUGGUAAGACGGCAAUGGACAUACUCGAAACUGACAAGUCUCCUAUUUUCCCCAAAGCAACUACGCUUCUCCGCAGUGCUAAAGAAAGACUACUUUUUGGUCCCUCGAUGACUCUUGCGGGAUAUUUAAGUAGAGAACCAUCGACCAUUGAGGGGAAAAACAAGCUCUUGGGUCUGAACAAUUUGAGCAAGACCAAACAGGGGUCUCGAGAAUCAACCGAUUUCCGUAAUGCGAUACUAGUGGUGGCUGUACUGAUAGUAACAGCCACAUACCAGGCCGGUCUUAGUCCUCCUGGCGGUUAUUGGGAAGAUGACUCCCCUAAUGAUGGUCACACAGCUGGGCAGAUGACAAUGUCUUUCAACCUUGCCUUGUUUUUUUAUAUCUUAAACGGAGUUGCCUUCUUCUCAUCUCUAUAUGUGAUUAUGGUCCUCAUAAUUGGACUUCCCAUGUGGAUGGUACUAUAUGGUUCAACAGCGGCUCUAGGAAUGGCUAAUUAUGCAUCGUACAGAUAUACAUUCCCGCAUUUAGAUGGAUCAUUCGGGAAUAUCGCAUUAGCCCUCGUGUGGUUCGCAUACCCAGUGAUUACGGGAACUUUAUUAUUACGUUAUUUCAUGGCAUUCAUUUCCAAUAAACGUCGCCGGCAAGGAGUGGACUUUCCGGCAAGGUAUUUCAGCUCAGUUCAGGAGCUAUAGUGCUAAAGCGUUGACGCGCUCAAAUGUGUGUGAACUCUAUCAUCCGAAGUCAGAUUUCAAAUGUGUGUCUCUGGUUUGUUUUCCAAGUAUUUGAACUCUUUGUUUGGUUAUACUCCGAGUUACUUGUUCUAUGUUCAAUCAUUUAAUGUC